AUGACCGAGCGCCCACAGACUCUACUCACGGCCAUGUCGACCGGCGAACGAGGGAGAUCGAGCGGCAGCCUCAAAUCGUCGUCAAGCGAGGCCGCCGUGGCUGCCGCGUCUUCAGGAUCAUCUGGAAUCAAGAAGGGAUUGAAGGGGAUUGGCAAAAAAUUGAAGAAGAAAGGGGGCGAUAAAACGCCCUCCUUCACAAUCAGCGGACCCACCAAUUUCGAACAACGGACGCACAUCAAUAGCGAGCUCGAAUGGUCUACAGAGAGUCCCGAAGACGCCUUCGCCCUGCACGAACAACUUGGCGAAGGAGCGUACGGCACAGUGCACAAGGCCACGCACAAGGAAAGCGGGUUCGUGGUGGCGGUGAAGAUCAUCCCGCAGGUGCAGAAUGUGGCCGCGCAGGAGGAUAUGAAGAAGGAGAUCAACAUUCUCAAGAAGUGCUCCCACGAUUGCAUCGUGCAGUACUUCGGCUGCUGCUUUGCAGACGAUUGUCUCUGGAUCUUGAUGGACUACUGUGGGGCGGGAUCGGUGCAAGACCUGCUCAAGGCCCGCAAACCUCGCACCUUGGAAGAAAACGAGUCUGCCAAUAUUCUCAUCCACGAGCAAGGCAUGGCCAAAAUUGCCGAUUUUGGCGUGUCUGCACAGAUCGGAGGAGCGCUAUCCAAGGCGUCGACGGUGAUCGGCACUCCGCUGUUCAUGGCGCCCGAGGUCCUCUCAGGCGAGAUAUACGACUCUCGGGCCGACAUAUGGUCGCUUGGGAUCACAGCCAUCGAGUUCGCCGAGGGCACUCCUCCCUACUACGAGGAGCACUUUAUGCGGGCAAUGUAUCUUAUCGCGUCCGAGGAACCUGCGACAUUGAAGGACAAGGCCAAGUGGUCCGAUGAAUUCAAGAGCUUCGUCGCGACGUGCCUCAAGAAGGAGCCGGCCGACCGACCCGCAGCAAAGGAUCUGCUGAAGCAUCCGUUCAUAUUGAAGGCGCUGACCCUCAACGCCAAGGAGAUCAUGAGCAACCUCAUCAGCGGCUACAAGAGCGACGCCGACGAGGAUGAUUCCAAGACCUCCUCCCUCGAGUCCUCGCUGGAGCGACCCCAGGAACCGCUCGUACGCCCAGACACCGACUCCAUCUCCAUGCAGACCUUCUGCUCCGAGUCCUACGGUUCGUUCGCAAGCGACGACGAAGAGGAGGAGAGGGAGGAGCCAGUCCGCAAGUCGGCGAUGAUGGAGGUGGACAAGAGUGCGCCGCCGCGCUCGCUGGAGCACGUCAAGGCGGGCCACGUGCUCAAGGGCUCCAUCAUCGAGCGCAAGGGAGCUGGGGGUAUGACCAUGGAGAAGCCGGUCUUUUCCGUGCAGCCCCUCAUCGACGACAAGAAGAAGCCAAAACACAACAUCGAAAAACAGAAGAAGAGCAACAUCAAGAAGAGCAACCUCAAGCCUGUGCUGUCGCCGAGAGAGCCCGAGCCCGAGGUCUCCCAACUCAAGCGACAGCUUCAGGAGGAGCGCAAGAAGAACAAGAAAGCGGAGAAGACGAUCAAGGAGUUGAGGGGCCAGCUGGCCACCGAGCAGAAGGUGGACAAGACCCUGCUCAAGGGUCUGCUGGGCGAGAUCGCGACGUGGAAGCAGAGGACCGAAGAGCUCGAGGACAAGCUGCAGGCCGUCCUCAAGCACCUCGAACAUGCCUGA